AACGCAAAUCCUCCAGUUAGUCAAUGUUGGAUCAUCACCUUUCACACACAGCGUACGGGAAACGAUGGAAAAGCUGGUACUGUACACGAACAGAAAGAGUCCACCAUGCCGUGCGGUGAAGCUGACCGCCCGUGCCCUUGGCAUCCAGCUCAUCGAGAAAGAGAUGACACUGAUGCGAGGCGACAAGCUGAUGGAGGAGUUCCUAAAGGUGAAUCCGCAGCAAACGAUACCGGUUCUAGAUGAUGGAAGAGUCGUUAUCACCGCCAGUCACGCCAUCAUGAUUUAUCUCGUGUGUAAGUUCGGCAGCGAUGAUAGUCUCUACCCGAGUGAUCUGGUACGACGAGCACGCGUCCACACGGCGCUACAUCUUGAGGCGGGAGUUAUCUUUUCGCGGUUAAGUUUUUUGUUUGAACCGGUAAUUUAUUCAGGCAAGUCGUACUUCCACUCCGAUCGUGUUGAACACAUCCGGAAAGCGUACCGUCUGUUGGAGGAUUCACUCGUCAACGAGUAUAUGGUCGGUGAUAGUCUAACGAUAGCCGAUUUUAGCUGCAUCUCAAGUAUCGCUUCCCUGGUUGGUGUGGUUCCACUAGAUGUGGCCAAGUUCCCCAAAAUAGCUGCCUGGAUCAAACGCAUGGAGGAGCUCCCGUACUACGACGAAGCGAACGGUAUUGGAGCACUCGAGCUGGCCGAAUUUGUGCUAGGAAAGAAGGAAGCCAACGCUCAACAGUUUAUGUGACCAGUGCAAAGAAUCUUC